UCUCUGAGCUUACCCCAAAAACAACCAACCAAAAACAAACUCAAGAUGUUCAAAUUCGUUGCUGUCAUCGCUCUCCUGGUUGCCACCGCCAGUGCUGGUCUGAUCGAGACCCACCACGUGGUCCAUGAGCCCGUCCUGGCCAAGGUGGGAUCAGUGGUCCACUCAGCUCCCUCGGCGGUCUCCCACCAGAGCAUCACACAGGUGCACAGCAAGGCGGUGGUGCAGCCCGUUGUUGCCCCCAUCGUGAAGACCACCACCUACACCCAACCCGCCGUGGCUGUCCAUGCUGUCCAUGCUGCUCCAGUCGUCCACUCCGUUCCCGUUGUCCAUGCUGCUCCAGUCGUCCACUCCGUCCCAGUGGUGCAUUCCGCUCCUUUGGUGCACUCUGUGGUCCACUCUGCUCCCCUCAUCAAGUCGGUGGUGCAUUCCGCUCCUCUGGCCUACACCCUCCACCAUUAAGUUUCCAAAUGUGAUACAGUAUUUACCAUUUUUUGUUUAAAUAAAUGUUUUUCGUUUUGUCAUAACAAGAUAA